GGGACUGCCCAUCAUCCCACAUACGAAAGUCUGAAGGGAGCCAUCGACCAAUGUUGCAGUCUUUGCAUUGCCCUUUUGGAGAUGCUGGCCCCUGAACAACAAGACUUCCUCAUGGAUCCCUCUCGGCCGCACAAGGACGGCACCUCGGCGACCUUGCCCAAACACCCCCUCGCACUCACCAACCAUACACAAUCCCCGGAGACGUUGGCCCUGGCUAAGCGCUGGUUUUCCGAUUGCGUCCGACACCAUAAGAGGUGCACGGCCGCCUCUAGGGGCGGACCUUGGUAUCCGACCCGCCUCCUUGAUCUCAGCCGCAUCGUUCAUGAUGGCACGGAACCGAGCUCGGAUCAGAUACGCACGUAUCCUCAUCUCGCCACGGGAGUCCCAGUGGGAUCAUUGCCCCGGCUCAUGCGCGAUGCCAUAUUCAUCUCGCUCGAGCUGGGGAUUCGCUACCUUUGGGUCGAUUUGCUCUGUAUCUAUCAAGGCAAGGACGACAUAACCGACUGGCAGCGGGAGGCCGCACUGAUGGACCGAGUCUAUGCGAAUACCUUUUGCAACAUAUCGGCCGGCGAUGCAAACGGCUGUCUUGAGUCGCUGUUCAGCCCCCGGGACCCGAACGACUUCCUUCCCCAACUCAUUGAGUUGCAACUCGGAGAUCGCGAGGAUGAGACGGGCCUGUUCCGUGUGCACGACCUAGACUACUGGCGCCGAAGCAUUUCCCGAGCACCUGUCAACACGAGAGCCUGGGUUCUUCAGGAGCGUUUCCUCUCACCGCGGGUCCUUCAGUUCGACAGACGCCAGGUGCUCUGGGAAUGUCUCGAGGUCUCCGCCACGGACACCUGCCCGAAACACAUCCCGAUGAAUCUUAUGGGCCGAGACUACCUGCUGUUCAAGAGCUUGGUGCCCAUUGCCAAAAGCGAAAGCCCUCCUGAGUCCGAAAGAGACGUGAGGCGCACCUGGAUUGCCCUCGUUCGGGAGUACACUGCUUGUGGUUUGACUGUCCCCGGCGACAAGCUCAUCGCUAUCUCCGGCAUCGCGAGACACUUAGCUACCUUUGUUGAGGACGAAUUCAGCCUCGGGAAGACAACACGACCUGCCGAGUACCGUGCUCCUUCCUGGUCGUGGGCAUCGAUUGAGGGUCCGGUUCGGCCGGGGUUGGGCGGCUUUGGAUCCUCGCUCAUCACUGUGGAGGAGGUGCAGCUCGAAUAUCUAACAGGUGAUGUAUUUGGGGCGGUAACGGGCGGUUGGCUUCGUUUGCGUGGUCCGCUUAGGCAGCUGCAACUUGUCCGCAACAACGGGCCCGACCGCAACCCGGCGCGGGAGUGGGACAUGAUCUUAGAGGGCGUCAACGUUGCCAUGCCGGAGACACAGCCGCCGCACGAGCCGUACGGAGUGGAGGUUCGUCUCGACACCCUCCACGAGAGCUUUGCAGAACAGAACGCAAGCGACACGCUCUUUGCGAUGUUAGCCCGAAACAUCAUAAUUAAGGAAGGCCACAAAGACGCGGGUCACGGGCAUAUGCAUAUCCUGCUCUUCAACCUCGUCGACAAGGAGAACGCCGUCUUCGAGCGUAUUGGCCUUGCCAAGACCUGGCACUCAGCCUACAAGGAGGCAAUACUAAAGGCAGAGAGGCCAAGGAACGCUCCGGCACUACCGGGCGUUGACUGCGGGAACGGGGUGUAUUCGAUUUGUGUCAUUUAG